AUGGGAUUUUUUAUGGUAAAACUCUUCAAGGAAGAAAGCCAAUCGACAAUUCUCCAUGGCGGCCCCUGGUUCAUUGUUGGUUGCUUUAUUUCAAUCAGGAAGUGGGAACCCAACUUCGUGUCUAGCAGUUCCGAAAUUGACUCAACUACCAUAUGGAUCAGGUUACCCCAUCUCCCUACGGAACUAUAUGAUGCCCUCAUACUUCAACGGAUGGGCAACAAAAUUGGUCUAUUGUUGAAGGUGGAAGCAUGCACUUCAGCCGCGCUAAGGGGUAGAUACGCCAGGAUCAGUGUCCAAAUCCCACUAAAAAUGCCGGUAGCUGCCUCAAUAUCCAUUAACCAUUAUAUUCAGCCCCUCCUCUACGAAGGAGAGGGCUUUCUAUGUAAGAAAUGCAGACGUCUAGGCCAUACGACAUCCAUAUGUUCAUACACACUUAGACCAAAGCAAAUCAAGAGCAAAGGAGAUGGAGCCUCAAUGGAAACCACCACUAGUGGACCAGAGAACAACACUAUAUCUGAAGAUAACUCCCAAGACUGGCAGACUGGCCAUUUUACCAAGAAAAGGAAACUGGACCAGAAAAAUCAUCUUACCAAUGCUAAGGAAACAUCCAUCGUCAAGGUUAAAACCUUCGAUGUGAUGUCAGGGAAGCAAAGAAUGCUGAGUUUAGGAAGCACUGCUAAGCCAUGGUUAAUGUGCACCAGCCAUGCAUCCUGGCUUUGCUAG